AUUGCUUUCCCAAGCCAAGAAUCUCUCAUCACUUCCUUUCUCUCUUGGAGAUUCUCCUCUUUCCCCAUCUCUCUUCGCGCGGCUUUAAACCAUGCCUAAUUCCUCGUUCUUCAAUCCCUUUUCUUCCAACCCCUUAUUUCCCUUUCUCUCUCUCCGGGUCCUUUUCGAUUUCUCAACCCCUUUUCGGCCGGAUCCUAUUCCGCCGAUUGAUACACAAUCAAAAACCCUUUAUCGGGUUCCAUGGCUCCUUCUGCUGUCAACAAUCUAUCUCACCCUUGCAUUUCCGAGAAAAAAUCUGGGUGGAUGAAAUGGUUGAGCAGAAUUUUCCGGUCAGGACCCAACAGGGGAGGCGGCGGCAGUGGCAGUGGCAGUGGCAGUAGCAGUGGCGGCCGCCUUCCACAGCAGCUCAUUGGUGAUCAGGAAAACAUAUUCCGGCGAGCUCCGGCGAGAUCAACGGACGAUCCUUCUAGAGCUCAUAAGGAGAAAGAAGAACUAGACCACACAAUUGCACUCUCCUUAGCUGAAGAUUUGAAAAAGCGAAACCGGUAUCGUCGGGGUACAGAAAAUGAUGAAGCUAUUUCUAGAGAACUGCAGGACAAGAUGAAUUUAUCUCCUUAUCCUUCUGUUGCCCCUCCUCAAUUCCAUCCUGGCGACUAUAGAUAUUGCAGUGGCUGCAAUCGUGCCAUCGGCUAUGGAAAUUAUUUGGGAUGUAUGGGCACCUACUUCCAUCCCGGGUGUUUUUGUUGUCGUUCUUGCGGUUGUCCUAUUACCGAGCACGAGUUUUCAUUGUCUGGGAAACAUCCAUAUCACAAGUCUUGUUUCAAAGAGCUGACCCAUCCUAGGUGUGAAGUCUGCCACCAAUUUAUUCCUACAAAUCGAGCUGGUUUGAUUGAGUACAGAUGUCAUCCCUUUUGGUCUCAAAAGUAUUGUCCAUCACAUGAACAUGACAACACAGCUCGUUGUUGUAGUUGCGAACGUUUGGAGUCGUGGAAUGCAAGAUACAUCUCUUUGGGAGACGGACGGAGCCUAUGCCUAGAAUGCAUGGAGUCUGCUAUCAUGGACACCGGAGACUGCCAACCGCUCUACCACUCCAUCCGAGACUAUUAUGAGGGAAUGAACAUGAGAAUAGAUCAGCAAAUUCCCAUGCUUCUAGUUGAAAGACAAGCUCUAAAUGAAGCUAUUGUUGGGGAGAAACAUGGCUUUCAUCACAUGCCCGAGACCAGAGGUUUAUGCCUUUCUGAAGAGCAGACUGUCACCAGUAUCCUCAAGAGGCCAAAAAUUGGAGGGCAUCGGCUCGUAGGAAUGAGAACUCAACCACAGAAGUUGAUCCGUAGAUGUGAUGUUACUGCCAUUCUUGUUCUUUAUGGUCUCCCAAGAUUACUAACAGGAUCUAUUCUAGCACACGAGCUAAUGCAUGGCUGGUUACGGCUAAAGGGAUAUUGCAACCUUAACCCGGAGGUAGAAGAAGGUAUCUGUCAAGUGCUUUCAUACAUGUGGCUCGAAUCUGAAGUAAUGCCAGGGUUUAGAUCAGGACCUUCAACAUCAGCUGCGUCCUCAUCUUCUUCCUCUUCAUCAUCAAAGAAAGGUGGUAGAUCUUUUACUGAAAAGAAACUGGGUGAGUUUUUCAUGCACCAAAUAGCUAAUGAUGCCUCAACAUCUUAUGGGGAUGGUUUUAGAACUGCUAAUGCUGCAGUGAAUAAAUAUGGGUUACGUCGAACGCUCGACCAUAUUCACCUGACUGGAAGUUUUCCUGUGUAAUAAAAACAUGUCUUUUGGAUAGUUUGAUGUUGGGAGACAUUGUUUAUGUUACCAGAUUGAGCUCAAUAUAGAGAGUUUUAGACA